UCAGGUUUGACUAAAAACCUUCUCUGACAAUUUACUCCAUUCCGUGUUUUCGCGCCCGCUCUGUGCAUCUGAGCACAUAGCGGUCUCCUCUCCAGUCCUCAGCUUUUCGACUUUCUACAGUAAUGUAUCCUCCCCGACGUCGCUUUCUUAGUGAAGUUGAGUGAACACGUUGAGGAGCCCGCUCUCUGUUGGAUCCAUGUGGCUUUGUGGCUUUACCUGGACUCACUACACACAUCCUCUUUUCUGCCGCAACGCGGGACUCUCAACCACCGUUGGUGGCAAAAUAAACAGACGUUGAUUGAGAAGGAAGUGUUGAUGCACAGUUGUAGAAAAGUGUCAACCACUAAACGUUGAGUUGUUAGAGGCUACCUGCGUAUGCACUGCAGUGGAGUUCCUCUCCAAACUGGAAUCAGUAGAGGAUAAAAGAAGGAUUAAUCACAGAAGUGCACGAUGCUGAGAUACCAGACGGUCCUUUGGACUUUCUCAUUGCUGUCUGUUGCAGCUGGAUCCGAUUUUAAAGCACGUAACUGCAGUGGGGUUAAAGAAGCUUCUAUCGCAAAAGGCUUCCGCUUUGAAAAUGUUCCUCUCCAACAAAUGUCAGGUGACCAUCUCCGGGUAUGUCCCCAGGGCAAUACCUGUUGCAGUUCAGAAAUGGAGGACAAGUUUGGUCAACAAAGCAAGCUGGAGUUAGAGAACCUGGUUGAUGAAACUAGUAAAGAAUUGCGAAGCACCUUCGUCUCCAGGCAUAAAAAGUUUGAUGAGUUCUUCCUGGAGCUGCUGGAGAACACGGAGAAGUCCCUGAACGAGAUGUUCGUGCGGACCUAUGGCAAGCCUUACAUGCAGAACUCAGAAGUCUUCCAGAACCUGUUUGCCGAGCUGAAGCGCUACUACACUGGGGGCAACGUGAACCUGGAGGAGAUGCUCAACGACUUCUGGUCGCGGUUGCUGGAGCGCAUGUUCACGCUGCUCAACUCCCAGUACGUCAUCACAGAUGACUAUCUGGAGUGCAUCAGCAAGUACACGGACCAGCUCAAACCCUUUGGAGACGUGCCCAGGAAGCUCAAGGCUCAGGUUACAAGGGCCUUCAUUGCAGCCCGUACAUUCGUCCAGGGGCUCUCGGUUGGUCGAGAGGUGGCCAACAGGGUGUCCAAGGUGAGCAGCACCCCAGCGUGUAUCCGAGCACUGACCAAGAUGAUGUACUGCCCAUACUGCCAAGCCAUGUCCUCCGUGAAGCCCUGUAACAACUAUUGUCUGAACGUCAUGAAGGGCUGUCUCGCCAACCAGGCCGAUCUGGACCCAGAGUGGAACCAGUACAUCGAUGCCAUGUUGCUGGUGGCACAGAGGCUGGAGGGACCCUUCAACAUCGAGUCUGUCAUGGAACCCAUUGAUGUCAAGAUUUCGGAGGCCAUCAUGAAUAUGCAAGAUAACAGUGUCCAAGUCUCCUACAGGAUUUUUCAAGGCUGCGGCCAACCAAAGCCCUCAGGAAUGGGCGGCAGGUCUACCCGGGGCGUCUCGGAUGUGUUCAACGCCCGCUUCAGGCCCUACAGCCCAGAGGAGCGGCCCACCACUGCAGCUGGCACCAGCCUGGACAGACUGAGGACUGUCUGGAGUGCAAUGCAACACAGUGUGAUUGACAUCAAGGAGAAACUGAAGCUGUUCAAGAAGUUGUGGUCCAACCUGCCUGAGGACAUCUGCCAGCCACACAGGGUGACAGCAGGGAAUGCCACCGAUGACGACCAGUGUUGGAAUGGGCACACCAAGGGCAGGUAUUUCCCAGAGGUUAUGAAAGACGGAUUGACCAAUCAGGUGAAUAACCCGGAGGUGGGCGUGGACAUCACCAGGCCUGACACGUUCAUUCGCCAGCAGAUCAUGGCUCUGAGAGUGAUGACAAACAAGUUAAAAAAUGCCUACAAUGGCAAUGAUAUCUACUUUCAAGACUCAAGUGAUGAGGGCAGUGGCUCGGGCAGUGGCAGCGGCUGCACGGAGGCCUGCGUCACUGAGUUUGACUUUGCCAGCACCGAGGCACCGGUGGUGGGAGCGGACCGGAGCGGGAGCGGCCCGGUGGAGGAUUCAGCAGCAGCCACACACCCUGCCUCCUCAGCAGCCCUGCUGGCCAGCCUGUCCCUCUCAGUCCUGGCACUGCACAGGCUAUGGAGAUAAUGCUGGGGGAACUCACCCAACGUGGACAGAAGGAUCUCUCUCUACGGUGUGUUUUUCUACUCAAGCAGACUGGAGCUACAGUCAAGCAGACAGUAUUCAGGCAGCCUUGGCCUCUCGGAUAGGUAGAGGGGUCAUCUCUGCUCUGGAGACAGCAGUCAUGCAUCCUGGAUCCCCCUUCCUCCUCCUAAAGUGUCUGGUCAUUGGUGCCAUCCUUAGGCAGGACUUCACAUGACUCCCGUCACUCCAAAAUAGAAACAGAUGAUCCACCGUCAAACAUUGUUCAAGAAGCCCAAAGGAAUUACUUUUUUCUGGCAUAAGGCAGAUGUUAUUAGGUCUCCAUGAGAAAAAGUAAUUGCACUUUUGGUCUAUUUUUUUUAUGCUAUAGAAGAUGAUUAUGUUGUACCACUGUGAGAUUGUGGAGAGGGUGCACCAAGAGGUGAUCAGAAGAUAGAACGAGAACAUGUCUACUAUGGUGUAAGGUGAUCUCAGUAUUUUACUUGUUGACAGGUCAGCAGUGCAUUUUUUCAUUCAUAAAACAAACCCGAAUUCCCCAAAAUCACAGAAAAAUACCAUAGAUACAGUAUGGCUUUCACAUUAAUUGUUGAUUUCGUCCUUGGUUCUUCUGUUGAAAUAUUAUUGAAUAUUUUUCUACAUUGACAGAAAUACAUACAUAUGAUACAUAUGAAACAUGUUUAAUGUUAAUCAGGUAAAGUAAAAUAUUGUACAACUCAAACACUAUAAAUACAAAAGUAUGUGGACAUCCCUUCAAAUUAGUGGAUUUGGCUGUUUCAGCCAAAUCCGUCACUGACAGGUGUAUAAAAUCGAGCACACCGCCAUGCAAUCUCAAUAGACAAACAUUGGCAGUAGAAUGGCCUUACUGAAGAGCUCAGUUUGUCAAAUUUCUGCCCUGCUAGAGCUGCCUCAGUCAACUGUAAGUUCUGUGAUUGUGAAGUGGAUACGUCUAGAAGCAACAACCGCUCAGCCGUGAAGUGGUAGGCCACACAAGUACACAGAACGGGACAGCUGACUGCCUCUGGAAGCAAUAUUAGCUCAAGAACUGUUAGUCGGGAGCUUCAUGAAGUGGGUUUCCAUGGCCGAGCAGCCACACACAAGACUAAGAUCACCAUGCUCAAUACUAAGCGUUGGCUGGAGCAGUGUAAAGCCCGCCCCUCAUUGGACUCUGGAGCAGUGGAAACGCGUUCUCUGGAGUGAUGAAUCACGCUUCACAAUCUGGCAGUUCGACAGACGAAUCUGGGUUUGGCAGAUGCCAGUAAAAUGCUACCUGCCCAAAUGCAUAGUGCCAAGUGUAAAGUUUGGUGGAGGAUAAAUAUCGGUCUGGGGCAGUUUUUCAUGGUUCCGGCUAGGCCCCUUAGUUCCAGUGAAGAGAAAUAUUAAACCUACAGCAUACAAUGACAUUCUAGGCGAUUCUGUGCUUCCAUCUUUAUGGCAACAGUUUGGGGAAGGCCCUUUCCUGUUCAGCAUGUCAAUGACCCUGUGCACAAAGCAAAGUUCUUACAGAAAUGGUUUGUCGAGAUCGGUGUGGAAGAACUUGACUGUCCUGCACAGGGUCCGGGCCUCAACCCUAUCGAACUCCUUUGGGAUGAAUUGGUGAAAUAAAUCAAAUAAACAUUGGAACGCCGACUGCGAGCCAGGCCUAAUCGCCUCACUAAUGCUCUUGUGACUGAAUGGAAGCAGAGGGGGGACCAACUCCAUAUUAAAGCCCGGAGAUGUUGAGAUGUUUGACGAGCAGGUGUCCACAUACUUUUGGCCAUGUAGUGUGUCUAAUAUAAGUUUUUACCAUUUACUGCAUUCUGUUGUUUUGAGUGCAGAUGUUAUCAUACCACAAAGAACCUCAUCAGAAUGAUUGCUUUAAGUUAUGUUAUAUGGUGUUAUCCACUAUGUCAGAUUUUCCCAUAAUUGGAGAGAAUAAGAGAAUGUCCAACCAUUUAGAAACGAUCGGUCUGCAUUUAUUGGUAUGAGGUUAUUGAAAGUUUACAUAAUUUUUUCCCCUUAUAUUUUUUAUAUCCUCAGAUAUGAACCUUUCCCUGAUAACUCAGGAUUGAGAUGUUUUUAAUGUUAAUUCAACUUGUUUUGAACUGCACAUGCUUAACUUCAUAAGCAUAUGUUCAUCUCGUGUUUUCACUACCUGCAAUGUGAUGUCUAACUUCCCAUCUGUCAUUAUGAAGGCAAAUGUAGAUACAGUAAGACACCAUGUUCUAACAGUUCUAGCAAGCUCUAGCAAGCACUUCUUAUGAACUCAACUGAGGCCCUCAGAUUUCAAGAUUUCCAACAUUUAUUGACAAGAUCAUUCAUUAAUCCGUUUUAUGGAAGAUACAUGUGCAGUUAAAGUUAAUACACUUAAAUAUCUCUAAUGUCAAGUGAGCUAAUGUCGACAUCUGCAUUUAACUGUAACCACUAAUGUCUUUAUAAUUCACAAGUAGAUCUGUCGAAAUUACCGUUCACAUAACAUUUAUUCAAACAUGGAUUCAAACCAGUUAUUCAUUCAUUAUUAAAAACAGGAGAGAACGAAUGAGGAUCAAGAUGAGGUGCCAAAUUGUAGUAGGUAAAAACAUAGCACAUUGAAGACAAAAAAAUGCCAAAGGCAAAAAAAAGCCCCCUUCAUUUAUCUCUGGCGCCUGAGUGGUUCUGUUUGCCAGAGACAGGCUCAAAGCCGACCACAGCCACCUGUGAAAUGAGAAUCUUAGAAGGUAGAGAGUGUCUGGACAGGGUUGAAUGCUCCAGUGAGGAUAGGCAGUAGAGCGUACCUACAGAGACUGGGAAAGGAUUGGCAUUACUGAAGGGGGCGUACUGUAUUUCCCCCCUCAAAUGCUAGCCAACAAAACCAGCCUCGAGUAGUAUGGUGUUCUCAGAUGGCCGGCAGGUCAACUCAGUAAACCAUGAAGGCCAGCUAAGCUAAGCAUACAUAUCAAGGGAGUUAGCCAGUAUUAUAUUAAUAUUCUUCAGCUCUUAUUAUCAUCUCUUAUUGGCCUUUGUUGCAGCAUAUCAAUUGUGAGCUUGCUUCGUUGCCUCUUGAUUAACCAGUAUUAGUGUUCACCUUGGCAAAUGAUGAUGAUGAUGUGCAAAAUAAUGGAGAACAAACAUUUUUGUCUCUUUGUCAGUGUGUCCUUAAAAUAAGAUUCUUUAUUAUGAAUAAUGAUCUCGCAGGAUGCAGAGUAAUUUUGUUUUGUAUUAUUGCACUUUUAAUGGUCAUAUUUUUCUUAUAUUUUGUCUUGUACUGUAUGUUCAUGGAUCAGCAAAAGUAAUGUAAAAAAAAACAAAUGUUUCAGAAACCUUAUUCAUCAACAUUUCAUACAAUCAAAUGCAUUCUAUUGUAACAAAAACAAAUAUGAUCACGAUAAUAUCUUGCUUGAAGUUGGAAAACAGUUUCAAGCCAAUAAGGUUGAUGAUAUAGUUUAACAUAAAGACCGUACAAACAAAUAUGCCUUACAGUUUUUUAAUGCAAUUAAAAUGGUUGCAUCUGUGUUUUGUUACUCUUUCAUGCAAAUAAAUAUUUGUUAAAAAGAUAAUAAUAGCUUUGCAAUUUUUGAAAAUGUAAUUUAAAUUGCAUAAUAUAUUUUUUUAAAUAUAUAUUAUAAUGGAUUCUUCAGUUAGGGACAAAAACUGGAUCAUUUCAAUCGUAGGUAAUAAUGGAUACAUCAUCAUAUUAUUAAAUCAUUUCACAUAAACAAAAUGUCCUACUGUAUGCUCUGUUAUUGUUUAAACAGUACAAGAACAGGGUAGUGUAGGUAAAAGAAGAAGCAAAGCACUAAUACAUUGUACUAUAAAUUCCCAUCAACAAUGUCUGGUUUGACAGAGCGCGAGUAAUUUAGUACUGAGAUAUAUUUCGACAUGAGAAGCAACAAGGAUAUUAACCCAACGUGUACAGUACAUACUGUUUAGGCUUCCUCUGUGUACUUUUUGUUGGUGAACUGUGCAUUGAUAAGGGGUUCAAAGCCACGCUUCCUGCGCUGCUGCAAGUAGAGGACCAAGACAAGUAGAAGAACCAGGAGACCCAGGAAAACACCGCCCAGAGUGGACCCCAGCACAAACACAAAUCCACUGUCCAUAGCUGAGGAAGGGAUAUAAGAAGAGAGAUUUCAUGCAAACAAGACCUUUAUGAGAGCUUUCUUAUUUCAUUUUGACCUGAUAAUAAAAUAAGAAAAAGUU